AUCAUGCAAAACCACAGCUUUGUGACAGAGUUUGUCCUGCUGGGAUUAUCUCAGAAUUCAAAAGUUCAGAAAAUGGUAUUUGCAGUGUUUUUUUUGGUCUACACUGCAACAGUUGGGAGCAACAUGCUAAUUGUGGUGACUGUCAUCUGCAGCCCUGCCCUGCUGGGCUCCCCCAUGUACUUCUUCUUGGCUUUCCUGUCCUUCCUGGAUAUCUGUGUCUCUUCUAUCAUCAUACCUAAGAUGAUUUCUGACUCCCUCUGUGAAAGGAAAACCAUCUCCUUUGAAGGCUGCAUGAUGCAGCUCUUUGCUGAGCACUUCCUUGCUGGGGUGGAGAUGACUGUCCUCACUGCUAUGGCCUAUGACCGCUAUGUGGCCAUUUGCAAGCCCUUGCACUACUCGUCCAUCAUGACCAGGCAGCUCUGUUGCAUGUUGAUGGGUGUAGCCUGGACAGGGGGCUUCCUGCAUUCCAUCAUCCAAAUUCUCUUCACUUUCCAGCUCCCCUUUUGUGGCCCCAAUGUCAUUGACCAUUUCCUGUGUGAUCUGUACCCUUUAUUGAAGCUGGCCUGCACUGACACACACACCUUUGGCCUGUUGGUGGUUGCCAACAGUGGGUCUUUCUGCAUUGUCGUAUUCUCCUUGUUGCUUGUCUCCUAUGGUGUCAUCUUGUUCUCCUUGAGGAAGCACAGUUCUGAAGGGCAGCGGAAGGCUCUGUCCACCUGCGGAUCCCACAUUGCUGUUGUGGUUUUGUUCUUCAUCCCAUGUAUUUUUACAUAUGCACGACCUCCAGCUGCCUUCUCCUUUGACAAGAUGGUGGCCAUUUUUUACACCAUGCUAACUCCAUUGCUCAACCCACUGAUUUAUACUUUUAGGAAUAAGGAUGUGAAAAAUGCUAUAAGGAAGGUUUGGACAAUAAUACAAAUACAAGAAGAUGAUAAGAGGAGCCAUAACUUAAGGAUUAAGAACAUAAAAGAAGAAGUAGGGACACAAACAAGUGAACUACAAAAGCUACUCACAGAAAUAAUCCAGGAGAAUUUUCCUAAUUUAGCAAAAGGUAAAGAUACUCAGAUGUAUGAGGCAAACAGGACCCCAGCUAUCUACAACCCAAACAGAGCAACACCCAGGCAUAUAAUAAUAAAAAUUCCAGAAAUUCAAUACAAGAACAGAAUAUUAAAAGCUGUAAGAGACAAGAAACAGACCACUUACAAGGGAACACCCAUCAGAAUUACAGCAGAUUUCUCUGCACAAACCAUCAAAUCACAAAGAGCAUGGGGGGAAAUAAUUCAAGCUUUGAAAGAUAAUAAUCUCCAGCCAAGAUUGAGAUAUCCUGCACAACUGUCCCUGGAAAUUGAUGGAAAAACAAGGUGCUUCCAGGAUAAAGAGGAACUGGGGGAAUUUGCAACCACCAAUUCAACCCUACAGAAAGUAUUGCAGGAUAUUCUAAAAAAAGAAAAAUACAAAGAACCCAGAAAUAGUGGCAGAGAGGCCACAACGAAUGGAGCAGAGAACAAAAUGAAGAAGACAAACUGACAGCUACUGACAGAAAAAGAGCUCAACAGAAAUGAGACAGAGAAGAUUGGGUGAUAGGAACAGCUAUUUUGGAGAAAAUGACAUCUUAAUAGGUAAUACUGAUUUAGUAUCAUCUUGUUUUGAAGUCUCAUCUAGCUUUUGUUCUUCUGUCUCCAAUGGUCUAAACAGGUUGUAUCUUAUUGGAUUUUAUUAUGUACGAUAGUAUAAGCAAAAACCUUUUAAAGACAAGGAGAUUAUACAGAAACCAUUGUUCAUUUUCUGUUAGUCGAUUCUAAAUACUCUGUAAUGCUGUCAUUCUCUUAAAUGGUUUUACAUUGUUUUGAUAUACUUAAUGCUACAGUAUACGAAGUUGUACUCAAGGACUUCAA